AGAAGUAUGGCGUGGUGUGAAGUGUUUGUAUUUGUUGGCAUUUGUUGCAUAUUAAAUGCAAAUACUUCACAUGCAUAUUCGCACUGGGUUGUGACAGAAGAUGGUCUCAUCAAAGCUCAGGCCGAGUCCGACUUUGACCUCCAGCGACCUUACGACCUGAUGGGCUUCAUACGGCAAGAGCAGCGGGUCGAGCUCGUCGAAUCGCUCCGGCUCGACCUCGUCAAUCAGAAGAACAUGAUCGACGCGACCGAGGACAAGGAGACGGACCUGGAGGCAAAGUUCUACGCUCGCGACCUUGACUGCCUGCUGGCUGGGAAGCCCCUCACAGAGUUUGACCUCUACAUGAGCACGGUGCUGCCGCUGGAGAAGAAGGGCUACCAGAUGCGUGAUUGGCUGAAGACAAUGCCGGAAAUGCCAGGAGAGCUCGAGCCAGACUGCACUGCCAUCAUUGAUCUUCCUUUCAGCAUGAAGGCUUUUGAGCACCUACCUGUCAUGCAAGAACGUAGGAAGCUGAGAGCAAUGCCAGAGAAGGGACUCGAGAGCGCCAUACUGGAAGGCGUCGACGUUGACACAUGGGGGCGCCACCUCUACCCCAGUAUGAGGAACAAUCGGAAAUCGUGGCUGUUCUUCAACAUGGCUUCCUUCUACUGGAGGAUGAAGGGCGAAGCUUACCAGGCAAUUGAGUGCAUUCGACGGGCACUACACUUUGCACCAAGAGAGCACACCGACUUUGCGCUGGUGAAUCUCGCAAACGUGCUGCACCGCGCGCAGCACUCGCAGGAGGCGCUAGUGGUGCUCAAGGUUUCGCUGGACGUCGCUCCUGAGCUCAUGGUGAAUCACUUCACGUUGGGUAACGUGUACGCGGUGCUUGGCGACUACAACAGCUCAGUGCUACACUUUGAACACACUGUGAACAUUCAGCCAGACUUUGAGGAGGCAGAGGAAGCAUGGAAGAGAAGCCAUGCUGUCCUCUGUCAUAGCAAGCUGGAGAUGGCACUGGAAGAGCAGCACAAGUCUCUUCAGCGCACGCUGGAAGAGCUAAAAGAAUACCAGACAAAGCAUGAGAAGUGGAUGAAACAACAACAGAGGCUCCUCCUGGUGAGAGAAAAACCAGACGCCAUCUCCAGGAAGAAGGUGUUUUAUGAAAAGUUCAAAGCCAAAGAGCACUGGAGUCAGCAGUCGGGGGAUGAGCAGACAGGGUGCAGGAAGCAAAUAAAAGAGAAUGGGCACGUGCUGAUCAGCUGUACCCUGGAUACCAAGAGCCUUCAUGCUGUCAGGAAGACCAGAGCUACAGCCACGACUGAGAAGGAGCCGCCCCCAGGGAAGCAGCGUGGCAACCACAGCAAGCCCACGGCAGAUCCUCUAUACACAGAGGAGAACACGCAGCCGUCGCCUUUCGACGAUCCCGAUUGGCCGAGCCAGGAGGACUGCGCGACUCACGUGCGAAAUUUUCCGCAGGCCAAGGAAUUUCCGGCAGAGUUUCUGCCUGCGGAGAACAAAGGCUUCGACGUGAGAGCACUGCUAGGCGAGGCGCAGGGGUUGGCGGCCGGUGCGCAGCACGCCUUGCCUUGGUUCCCGCCGCACUGUGAUAUCAUGAAGGGCGAGUCGGCCGAUCACCUGCCAGACUUCGGUUCCCUGCUCGAGAUGUCAAAGGUGGCGCCUGAGCAACGGCUAAAGCGAUUUCUCCUUGGUUACGUCAAUGAUGGAAACGCAAAUCUGGAGGAGGUAGGCCAGCGGAUACUCUCCGCCCUCAAGCAGGAGCUAGGUGCACCGUGGCUACUCUACAACCUGGCGGGACUCUACUGGCAUGCUGCAGGCGACGGCAGGCAGAGCGCGGCGUGCUACCAGCGCAGUGUCCGCCUUGUGCCCAACCACUACGCCGACGUGCCGUACACAAACAUGGCGGCGCUGACGCUGCGAGCGGUCGCGCGGCCGCCGAGCCCAAACAUGGCCGCCAAGCUGCUCUCUGUCUCGCUUGCCGUGAACCCCUACGAGCCAGUAACCAACUACCUUUUCGGGAACAUGCUAGCGCUUCAAGGGAACAUGUCUGGUGCGGCCAGCUACCACCAGGUGGCACUGCGGCAAGAUCCCGACCUUGCUGCCGCUCAGCAGACGCUCCGAGCGAUCCGGUGCUACGAACGCUUUCACAUGCGACAGAGGGAUGAAGCAGAGGGCUUCAGCAUGGCUGAUGAUGUGCCGGAGGAGGAGGAGGCUGGCACAUUCAGCAGCAUCAUCAACGGCUUUGUUUGCGUGAGCCUCGGUGGUGUGGAGCACUGCGCGCUGCGGCAGUCGCUGCAGGAAGAGUGCUGCUCCCUGCUGGGAUCUCCCGCCGGCGACCUGUUAGAGUUUGACGCUCUUCGAAUUUCAGACGGCUGUUCGAGCAUGGAGUCGAGCGUGCUGCCGCGGCAGCAGCUGUGCCGCGCAUUGUACAAGCAGGACCUCAGCGUGUGCGCCGUGACCCCGGCCAAACGCGUCGACACGACGACGACGGCUGCUACGCCGACGACGAGUGUUGGCCACGACGACCGACUCGGCCAUGCAGACGAGUAUGAGGCCAGCGAUGUAUCGCUAGCCGUCGACAUCAGUGCUGCAGAGUCCCUGGAUGAUGAUGAUGAUGAUGAUGAUGAUAAGAGAGUUGAUGCCUCCGUCCAGGAGGAGGAUGUGGAAGGGGAGGAGGAAGUGGAGGAAGAGGAGGAAGGAGAGGAGGGCGUUCCUCGGGCCUACACGUCAGAAAGUCCGGUUAACGAGGAGAUGCUGACUGAGCCGAUACAGCCAGCGCCGGUCGGCAUCCUGCAGAGGGCAGCAGUGGAGUCGGACGGCUUGCUGCAUCUCGAACCGCCGAAGGAGCCGAGCUCACGCGACUACGCGCCCGCACGCAUGCCGGGCGUGCGCGACGACGACCUCCCAGAGCAUCUUUUUGAGCCGGACAUCAGCGCGGAGGUGGCAAUGUGGACGACGCGUCCGUCCGACUGUAGCAAGCUGAAACAGGUGAACAUCAAGAAGUUUGCAAGCACCUGGCUGUCCGUCUCAACUAAAAACAUCAACAUACACGACCACGUCGAUUUUGCGGAGGACAUAGGUGACGUGACCCCUCAGCAGCCGCUGUGCAGGAUGACCGUCCCACACAGCGCGCUCAUGUUCGACCACCUGAGCGGCAUCUCCGGCCGCGCACAGCUCGCCUACAGCCACGAGCUCGGUCUGAAGGAAGUGCUGCAGAUGCUGGGAGGCAGGCAGGAGAGCAUGGGCACCGUGGCGACGCACAUCGCACUCGCGCUGCAGAAGAAUGAGACAUCGUGGGUACUGCAGACGCUGGCGGCGCUCUACUGGAGGGUGCAGGGUCGCGCAACCGAAGCCAUAGAUUGUCUGAGGCAGGCCCUGCACCAUGCACCGAGACACACGAAGGACAUUGCUCUCGUGAGUCUGGCGAACGUGCUUCAUCGCUCGCGGCUCUACAACGACGCGAUCAUCGUCAACAACAUGGCGCUCGACAUCGCGCCAAACCUCGUCGUCAUCCACUUCACGAUGGCCAACGUGCUCGCCGCGAAGGUAGGUCUACGUGCUUCGUGGGGGGAGGGGGUUGCAGCAAAGGUAGCUCUACGUGCUUCGUGGGGGGAGGGGGUCGCCGCGAAGGUAGGUCUACGUGCUUCGUGGUGA